AUGGAAAAAGACAACUGGUCGACCCACGUUCACAAGGUCGACCUCGACCCGGGAGCCCCAUCCCUGGCCCCUGGGAAAGCAGGAAGGAACAGAACCCAGGCUCCGCCCCCUCCGCCCACCCUGCGGUCGGAGCCGGCUCCCUCCCUCACGGGCCCUCGAUCACAGCGGAGGGGGCGGGAAGGCGGGUGGCGGGGGUGGUCACGGGUGCGCGACGGGGGUCUCCCCGCCCCGUACCCUGCUUUUCUUGGCUUUCCCCACUCCCGGGAGCCACCGGAGGCACGGUCCGGGCCGAAAGGAAAGAAGCGGGGAAGCCAGGGGCCCGGGGAUCAUGGGAACCGAGUUGUCUGGUUCCCUCGGCCCAUUCACGGACUACGGCCCCGGGGAGCCCCGGGAAGCGGCGCAGCUACCCCCCCCCCGCGGCCCGUGGGGGCGCCCACGCCCCGCCUCCGGCCCCCCAGUCGUGAUCAGCGCCCACGAACAGGCUCUGGCAGUCGCUGGCAGUCACCAAGACCAACAGAGACCCCGGUCCGAGACCCGGGAGCAGGGACGCGGGCCCUGGCCGCGCCCCGGCAACGGGCAGCCCUCACCUGGCAACAGGGCGACCCCAGCCCCGUCCCUGAAGCGGUCACACCCCAAAACCAGACGCCGGCCGCACCGGGACACGCCGAGCCCCAGGGCCCGGUCUCCCUGGCACCUACUGGGCCCCUGGCAAUGCCCUGCACCCGUCCCCACCCUCCCCUAGCGACGGACCGCCCCUAG